AUGUUUAAGGCGUCGAGCAUUGUGUUGGUACAAAAUCCUGAGCAACAAGAAGGAAAUGAAAAUCUUAGUUGGUACGUUUUACAACUUCAAGAGGAUAUAGAGUUUGCUGAGACAACAUUGAAAGGCAUUUUAAAAUCUGUGAACCGUUUGAUCCAAAAGGCUGAAAAACAACAACCUAACAAUCUUAUGAAGCUUCUUGCGGAAUCUAGAGGCUUUGAAGGGGUUGAAAAGUUUGAAAGCCAUCAUGUCCCUCCUUUAGUUGCAGAAGAAUAUCUGAAUUGUUGGAGUUUGUCGUUGGUAACUCUGACAUCCAUCGCCAUGUCUCUUCCUAACAUCCAAAAGAACAAAGUCGAUUGGUUGGUGAGUGGUGUGAGUGAAGGUCUUGUAUAUGUCAAACUUGUGGAAAAAACCCUCAAUGCUACUGAUAAUCAUGUAAGCAUUCAAAAGGCAGCUGAAACUUUGUGGGUAGAAGUUGAAGUCUACCACAAGUGGUUAGGAAACAAGCUGCCAAAACCAAAGCCUAAAGUGAAUACACUAGGACAUAUUCUACAAUGGUUAAGGGAUACAGCUAAAAACAAGGCCAAUGAGGUGGAAAGCAAAAAUGAUAAUUUCAAAUACAGGUCUAUUUGUGCCAAUUUAAUGUAUCGUAUCACCGAAACAAUCCUGCUCUCAUACCACGGUAACAAUGACGAGAUUAGCCAAGAGGAACUAUUUGCCCUGUUAUCAUCAAUGAUUGCCGAUAUAUUAGCUGCUUGUCUCACCAACUUACCUCAAGUCAUUGCAAUGAAAUGCCACGAAAAUGCCAUAGAGAAAAGGGAGGCGAGUGUCCGAGCUGCAGCCCAACUUCUUGGUGAGACCACACAUAUAAUCAACAGCCUUCAAGUUCGUGAACUUCCAAGUUUGAAUCCAGACGAGUUAGCGUUUAUUGACAAGUGGCGUGCUUACUUAAGCGACCCCUUUCCUUAA